GAGAGUUAAACCUUCUCCUACAGAGUUAAACUGUAGGAACCUUGAGUUCUGGAAUCACCAGAGAGAUGGGCUUCGUUGACCUACUGGACCAGAUAGGAGGAUUCGGCCGGUUUCAGUGGCUUCAUGUCACCCUCAUUAGCCUACCUGGGCUGCUGAUGGCCAGCCAGAAUCUACUGAAUAACUUUGUCGCAGGGAUGCCUGCCCACCACUGCACUCCAUCAGCCAAUCACAGCAUUCCCUACCAAUACAACCAUUCUGCUACCAUGGUGACUGAGCGGCAGCUUCUAAGGGUCUUCAUCCCGCUGGACGCCUCCGGAACGUCGCUGGACAAAUGUAGGAGGUAUGUGACACCCCAGUGGCACCAGCUGCUGAUGAACUCAACAGCGCCCCCUGCUGACCUCACCUCGGCGGUAGAGACGGAGGCCUGCCUGGACGGAUGGACCUUCGACCAAUCAGAGUUCGACUCCACCAUAGUCACAGAGUGGGACUUGGUAUGUUCCUUAAGACCUCUGAAGCAGAUGAGCCAGACCAUCUACAUGGGGGGGGUCCUGGCUGGGGCCAUCAUCUUUGGAGGACUCUCCGACAGGUUUGGUAGGAAGGUGAUCCUCAGCUGGUCCUACCUCCAGCUGGCGAUCCUGGGCAGCUGCACGGCCCUGUCUCCCAGCUACGCCAUCUUCUGCACCCUGCGCUUCCUCAGUGGGAUGUCUGUGUCCGGCAUCAUCCUCAACUCCGUCUCACUCAAGGUGGAGUGGAUACCUACCAGUUCGAGGACCUUGGUUGGUACUCUGUCAUCUUUCUUCUUCACCUUCGGUCAGAUGAUCUUGGCGGGCCUUGGCUUUUGGCUGAGGGAUUGGAGGAAGCUACAGGUGGCUGUGUGUCUUCCCUACUUCCUGUUCUCCUUCUACAGCUGGUGGCUUACGGAGUCAGCCCGCUGGUUGGUUCUGAACCGGCGGUCUGAGGAGGCUCUGAAGAGCAUCCAGCAAGUCGCCCGCAUCAACGGGAAGAAGGACGUCAACAUCACCCUGGAGGUUCUCCACUCCCACAUGAACAAGGAGAUCGUCGCCAGUAAGAGCAGCUACAGCGCCUACGACCUCCUACGGACUGGAGGCAUGAGGCGCAUCUCAAUUUGUCUGGUGGCUGUCUGGUUUUCCACCAGUUUUGCAUAUUAUGGUCUGGCCAUGGACCUCCAGAAGUUUGGAGUGAACGUGUACCUGAUGCAGAUCAUAUUUGGGGCUGUUGAUAUUCCGGCCAAGCUGCUGGCCCUCCUCAUGCUGACGUACCUGGGCCGGCGUGUCACCCAGGCAACCUGCCUCUUCCUCUCCGCCCUCGUCAUCUUCAUUAACAUCUUCGUCCCCACAGACAUGCAGACGCUGAGAACCACUCUGGCCUGUCUGGGGAAAGGUUUCACCUCAUCCUCCUUCACCUGCGUCUACCUGUACACUGGAGAACUGUACCCCACGGUCGUCAGGCAGACUGGGAUGGGCUUCGUCUCCACUAUGGCUCGUAUUGGUAGCAUGGCCGCUCCUGCUGUUCUGAUACUGGACGAGGUGAUCCCCGCCCUCCCUAGCAUCGUGUACGGAGGGGCCGCCGUGAUCGCAGGAGUGUUCGCCUGCUUCCUGCCGGAGACGCGGGACAUCCCGCUGCCCGACACCAUCGAAGACGUGGAGGACAGAUGGCCUGGAAAUCUGCAGCCCAAAGAGAAGCAGGACCAGGCAGAAGAAAUGCCCAUGAAGGUGGGCGUGGUCUCUGAAGGGGGCGUGGUCUCCAAAGAGGAAAUAGCUUUGAAAGAGAUGAGGGAGGGGGAAAGCGCAGGGUUAAACGCCCUUUGA